AUGCAAAGUAUGGAGGCGCGAUGCAUUAAGUUGAUGAAAUGGUAUGUGCCUGCUACUGUUCAGGAUCAGCAGAGGGACGCCAAAGAGGUAUCCAAUCUGGUACUCAGAAGAGGCCAAAAAUUGUGUAACAUUCUGGAGUGGCGAGAGCAGAAGAUUGUGUAUAGACGAUACGCCUCCCUUUAUUUCAUUUGUUCAAUCGAUCGAGAUGACAACGAGCUGAUUGCACUCGAGACGAUCCACAUGUAUGUGGAAAUGCUAGACAGAUAUUUCGGUAAUGUCUGUGAGUUGGACGUCAUUUUCAACUUUCACAAAGCGCAAUACAUUCUUGAUGAAGUGUUGAUGUCGGGCGAACUACAGGAAUCUUCGAAGCGCGUGGUAAGCUAUGUUCUGGAAUCUAAUACGUUUCAUAACAGGAAAUACAGAAAACUCGUUCUCCGGGCGAUAUCAGCCGAGGACGAGUUGGAAGAUGAGAAAUCGUCGUCAUCGUCGAAGCGUCGAUGA